AUGGUUCAAGCAGCGAUCAAGUCGUCAGAGAACAACAAUACAAUCGACAUCUCGAAUGAUCGCCUUUCUUUCACCGUUGCAAAAGGCACCGGAUACGUCUCGAAGCUCUCCCUUGAUGGACAGAAUUUGCUUGGCAGCGGACGAGGGCCUUAUCUCGACGGCCACCUCGACAGCGGAUUCUGGACACCCGGAAAAGGCGCAAAGUACCAAUUGUUUAAAGGUACUGAUGGGGACGGCAAGACCUACGCUGGGGCUAUGAUGAGCCAAGGCUACCAAACAACAGGCAUAGUCUUUGAACAGUACUGGUUCUUGCGCGACGGAGAGACAGGCCUGCACGUCUUCAGUCGAGCGAAGUAUAGCAAUUCUUCAGUGCCAAGUGGUGGUGACCUAGGAGAAUUCCGUCAGCUCUUCCGACCUUCCGGGUCUGUAUGGACACAUCUGUCGUCCAGUGAUGAAAUGUUUGCGCCUCUGCCAAACACAACCGGUGCGCCCGUUGUGCAAGACGCAUCAUGGUAUGUAGGCGGAAGCAAAAGCGACCCCUAUGUCAAACAAGUGUCGGACUACUUUACGAAAUACAUGUUCUCGGAGGAAUGGAGAGAUCAGACCGUGCACGGCAUGUAUGGUGAUGGCACCAAGAGUAGCGAUGGGACGAAUUUUGGAGCCUGGCUUCUUAUGAACACGAAAGACACAUAUUUCAACGGACCUACACAUUCCGAUCUUACUGUCGACGGCAUCGUAGUUCAGCAAGUCUACUAUUUCAACAUAGGCAGUAAGGGAACUUCUCUGCAGUCUCUACGUAGCGACGCGAAGAAGAUGGUAUCUACUAAUUGGGCAGCUUUUUAUGAUGCUAUCGCUCAGCACGUUCCAAACUUGGUGCCUUCAACGGGCCGUGGAACCUUUAAAGCGACUGUUUCUCUUCCCAAGGGUGCAACCCGCGCUCUCGCUGUUCUAGCUGUCGAUGGACACGACUUCCAGGACAAUAACAAGAUCCCUUCCGCGUAUCAAUACUGGGGAAAUAUCGAAAAGUCUGGAAGCGUCACUAUUCCUUCCGUAAAGGCUGGAACAUAUCGCUUGACUGUAUACGCGGAUAACAUUUUCGGUCAAUACGAGCAGGAUGGUAUCGUUAUCAAGGCUGGAUCCCUUGCAACAACUACAGCUACUUGGAAUGCCGAGUCCGCUGGUACUGAAUUAUGGCGAAUUGGUACCCCUGAUAAGAGCAGUGGCGAAUUCCGACAUGGUAACGAGGAAGAUACCACUCGUACGAAUCAACCACGCCAAUAUCGUCUCUACUGGGCGGUACAUGACUUCGUGAAAGACUUUCCUAAUGGUGUGAAAUACCACGUCGGCAAUUCUUCGCUUUACGAGCUGAAUUACGUGCAUUGGAGCGUUUUCGGCGGCAAGGCGAACUACCUUCGCAAAGAUCCGUACUACACAAAUGUCAAUAAUUGGACACUCACAUUCGACCUCACGCAAAAUCAGAUCUCCAAUAAAUCCGAAGCGACCUUCACCAUACAGCUUGCCGGCGUUAAGACAUCUGCUGGCAACAAUGAUGCUGCUGCUCCUGGCAAAGCAUGGGCUGAUCUACCUUACAACGUUAUCAUAAAUGGCAGACAGCUGGAGACAUGGGUUAUACCCAGUACUCAUAGCAGCAGCUGCGCAGUAAGAAGUGCAGCUACGUGUUAUACGACAGGCCACAAGUUCAAAUUCCCGGUAAGUCAGUUGAAGGAGGGCUACAACGAGUUUGUUCUCAGCUUGCCUGCAAGGGCGACUGCACCAGAAGAUGCAGAGCUGCCGGAGAGUGUAUAUGUGCAGUAUGAUGCCUUGAGGCUCGAGGUAAAAUAGGUGGGACUGGAAAAUUGUAGGCCUGCGAAAUCUAGAACAUCUCCGUCCA